CUCCUCGGUGGUAGCUCUGGGCGCGAGCAUCAUCUGUAACAAGAUCCCAGGCCUGGCUCCCAGACAGCGGGCGAUCUGCCAGAGCCGGCCCGACGCCAUCAUCGUCAUAGGAGAAGGCUCGCAAAUGGGCCUGGACGAGUGUCAGUUUCAGUUCCGCAAUGGCCGCUGGAACUGUUCAGCGCUGGGGGAGCGCACCGUCUUCGGGAAGGAGCUCAAAGUGGGGAGCCGGGAGGCUGCCUUCACAUACGCCAUCAUUGCCGCCGGUGUGGCCCACGCCAUCACAGCUGCCUGCACCCAGGGCAACCUGAGUGACUGUGGCUGUGACAAGGAGAAGCAAGGCCAGUACCAUCGGGACGAGGGCUGGAAGUGGGGUGGCUGCUCGGCUGACAUCCGCUACGGCAUCGGCUUCGCCAAGGUGUUUGUGGAUGCCCGGGAGAUCAAGCAGAAUGCCAGGACUCUCAUGAACUUACACAAUAACGAGGCGGGCCGAAAGAUUCUGGAGGAGAACAUGAAGUUGGAGUGUAAGUGCCAUGGUGUGUCGGGCUCGUGCACCACCAAGACAUGCUGGACUACGCUGCCCCAGUUUCGGGAGCUGGGCUACGUGCUCAAGGACAAGUACAACGAGGCCGUUCACGUGGAACCCGUGCGCGCCAGCCGCAACAAGCGGCCCACCUUCCUGAAGAUCAAGAAGCCCCUGUCGUACCGCAAGCCUAUGGACACGGACCUGGUGUAUAUCGAGAAGUCACCCAACUACUGCGAGGAGGACCCGGUGACGGGCAGCGUGGGCACGCAGGGCCGGUCCUGCAACAAGACGGCACCCCAGGCCAGUGGUUGCGACCUCAUGUGCUGCGGCCGUGGCUAUAACACUCACCAGUACGCCCGCGUGUGGCAGUGCAACUGUAAGUUCCACUGGUGCUGCUACGUCAAGUGCAACACGUGCAGCGAGCGCACUGAGAUGUACACGUGCAAGUGAGCCCGCGUCUGCACUGCACGCCGCCCUCCAGCCGCAAGCUAGAUUGCAGGGAGGACUGGACAGUUCCAAGCUGCGAUCUCCCUGGCAGGUCACUGCUUAGAUCUUCACAGGGAGCUGCAGGAUUACUGAGCUUGUCUUCUCUGCGGAGGAGGGCACCUCUCCUGGGAUUCCUGCAGGCACCUGUGGGAAAAAACCUCUCCGAGCCCUGGACUAUACUGUUCCACCCUCUCCCAGACACCGCCCAGGUCCCUCCACGGCUGGAGCGAAGCCUCUCACAGCAGGAACUCUAGACACGUGGGCUUCAUCAUAGCAAUAUUUAACAAUUUAUUCUGAUAAAAAAUAAUAUUAAUUUAUUUAAUUAAAAAGAAUUCUUCCACCUCGUCGGGAUCCGUUUUCUGCAAUCAAAGUGGACUGCUUGCUUUCCUGGCGGGAUGAUUUUGUCGCUAGGAUAAAGAGCCAAGUAGAACUGUACAUAGUUAUUCUUUAUGCAGAUAUUUCUACUAGUUGAUCUUACAAGUAGCUCCCUUGCAGUACUAGAUGUUUAAGUACGAGAGCAGACAUCCUUUAUACAUAUGUAGAUACAUAUAUACACACACACAUUUAUAUUUUUUUGCUGUUUGCUGCUACUUAUCCAGAAAUUUAAGCUGGUCAGAUUUGGAGAUGUUUUUCCAGAAUACGCUUCCCAUCCUUUUGCCCUCCCUGGUUCAAACUUUACCACUACAAAAAUCCAGUUUGGAAUAGAAAGAGAGAGGAAAGAUAAUAAUUAACUCCCAGAAAUUUCCGUCUUUUGGAAAGUGAGCCACUGGAUAAGAGAGAAUAUUUUGUAAGAGACUAUUUUUAUAUGAAUAUCUUAUUUAUACGAGUCUGCCUCUAUCAUUCCAUGGCCCGUGCUUCUUCCUAAUCUGGUGCUCACGUUGGGGCACGGCCAGGCCCCCAGGACCCUCACAUGCUAGGUCCUCGAGUUUGUUCGACAAGUGGGCAAAAGUGGCCCUGGGAUUCCCGGGGUGGAGGCACCAUUGCUAUUAACUGGGAAAGAAAUCAAAUCCCCAGGCUCAGACUUUGAGCAGUGUCACUGAGUGGUGGCCUCAGGAUGAGCCACUGUGGCAGGCGGGCCGCACCCUCGGCAUUGUGUGACCAUCACGGGGACCGUGGUCUUUGGGCAGAGGUCAGCUCAGGGAGCCUGCACCUCAUGAGGACACCCCUGCCAUGGCCUGUGUGUCCUUGGAGGAGGUGAGGUGCAGUCCUCAGAGAAGGGGCAGAAUGGUGGCUGGUGAGGGGUCAAUGAGCAGCCUGGCCCAGUGGGGCUUCCCAGGUGUCACACUCCUGGGGCAGCCCGGCAAGGAGAGGCUUUGGGUCCAGCUACACCCAGUGCCUCUCAGCCCAGAAUGCUCUUCUCCAGGAGGCUUUGGGUGUUCUAAUAUGUGUCUGUUUGUAUUUCCACAUGUGUAAGUAUAACCUUAGGUAUUCUUGGGGUGGUCAUGUGACCUUGCGCCUUAAAGAGCCUCUGGUGUGCCUAUGCAUGUCCGUGUCUCUGUGUGUUUCCAUGUGCUCCUGCGUGUACCAGGGUAUCUGUGUGUCUCUCUCCAUGUGCCUGGGAGAUUAGGUUAUGUAUACAUAUAUAAACAUAGCUGUGUGCCUGUGCAUCUGCUGGUCUCCAGGUGUCUCUGGGGUGUCUGUGCUUACAGAUGAGGACCUGUGCUGUGAGAGACAACAGAGAUCUUCUGUGAUUGUGUUGAGCCACCUCUGAACUCUAUCCCCACAGCCACUGGUAAUAUCUUUAGACCACAUCCCCUUGGCCCCACAUGCCGACAGCCCCUCAGCAUCUAGGCUGUGUCUACUCCUCGAUGUCAGCACUGGGCCUGGAUCACAGCAUUGGCAAAUAAAAAUGGCUGGAUGGUUGUUGA